AUGUCUUGGAGAUCUUAUUUUGGCCAGGAACUAGAUGACUUUUCAGCAGAUAACUUAGAAGAUUUUUCACAAGAAGAACUCGAAAAAUUAACAUGGACAUCAGCUAAAGUCAGAGAACGAUUAAAAGAUGUUUUACAUGUUAAGCAAAAAGAUAUCCAAGAAGCACUAAAGUAUUGUUGUUUUGAUAUAGAUAAAGCAUGUUCCAGAAUUAUAGAGAAAAAACAUUUAAAAGAAGGGUUAAAUAUAAACAAAACACCAUCAAAAAAAGGUUUUAUUUCUUUUAAUAAUAGUUCAUUAAAUAAGGAAGAUUUAAAGAGUCAUUUUAAUCUUGAAGUAUCUUCGGAAGAAAAUGCAUCUGAAACUAAAGAAGUAUCUGGACCAAAACAGUCAAAACUUAUAGCUUUAGCAAGUUCUAAACAUAAAUUGUCAUCAAAUAAUCCUAUAUCAUCAUCAUUAAAAUCUGUUUCGCUUCUUUCUCAUUUAACUAGAGAAAAAUUUAAAGCGACUAAUAAUAGAGAAAACAAUAAUAAUUCAUCUAAGAUAAUAUUAGAUAUACAGACAAAUUUUGCAAAACCUGAUGUUGAAAAGGACUUAAAUCUUUUGAAGACUACUUCAGAAGAAGACCAAAAGGAAGAAGUUAUUGAUGAUUCUUUAAAUGUUUUUUUUAAAAAAAAUUGUGAAUAUAAUAUAGAAGUAAAACCUUCUAAAUUUGCAUUAACUAUUUUUGGAGAAAAAUUAGAACUGCCUGAUUAUUUUUACAAGUUUGCUAACCAACGGUUUUCUUUAUUUACAGGAGUAUUAGAGGAUGAUCUUAAAAUUUCACUUAAUGAAACAUUUAAUAAUUCAUUGAAAUCACAAAAAAAAAAAGAAAAAAAAUUAAAAACUCCAAGUAUUGUUAAAUCGCCAAUUUAUUCAGAAAUCAUAUCAAAUAAAGAUGAUUUACAUCAUAUAUUAAACACUUUAAACAUAUCCUCAGAACAGGGAGAUAAAGAUGAAACAAAUUAUGAUAAAUUUUAUAAAUUAAGCGAAUCAAAAAAUAAAAUAUCUAAUUUAAAAACAGCUAACAUAAAAAAUAAACCUAACGUUAAUAUUGUCAUUAUUGGACAUGUAGAUGCAGGAAAAAGUACGUUAAUAGGAAGACUUUUAUAUGAUUUAAAAGUUGUUGAUACUGAAACUAUCGAAAAAUUAAAACGAGAAACAAAUAAAUUAGGAAAGCCAUCUUUUCAUUUUGCAUGGGUUUUAGAUCAAACAUCAGAGGAACGUGAUCGCGGGGUUACUAUGGAUUUGGGUAUUAAUUACUUUGAGACUUCUUUGCGUCGAUAUACUAUUUUAGAUACACCUGGUCAUAAAGAUUUUAUUCCUAAUAUGAUAGCGGGAGCUUCUCAGGCUGAUGUAGCUCUAUUGGUUAUAGAUGCUUCUUAUGGUUCGUUUGAAUCGGGAUUUACUGCACAUGGACAAACUAGAGAACAUGUUAUUUUAGCACGUAGUUUAGGCAUUCAAAAAAUAGUCGUUGCUAUUAAUAAACUUGAAACUACUAAUUGGUCUCAAGAAAGAUAUGAAGAUAUUAUGGCACAAAUGCUUCAAUUUUUUAUUUAUAAAGGAUUUCAAAAGUCCAAUAUUUCAUUUAUACCCUGUAGUGGACUUACAGGAGAAAAUUUAACAAAUACAAUACCUUUAAACCCUCAACUCAAGUUAUGGUAUUCCAAUUUUACACUUUUAGAUACGUUAGAAAAUAUAUCAAUUAAUCGUCAGCAACUUGAUACAUUUCUUCGACUUUCUAUUAUGGAUGUUUAUAAGUCUUCUAACACUUUAAUUUCUGUAGUCGGAAGAAUUGAAACUGGUAUUAUAAAUGUAGGAAAAGAAGUAAUUAUUAUGCCUUCAAGAAAAAAUGGAAUAAUUGAGUCUAUUUAUAUUCAUGAUAAUCUCCAAGAUCUUGCAUUUUCAGGGGACGAAGUCUUGAUUAAUUUAUUGAAUAUUGAUUUGUCUUAUUUAAAGCCGGGUGAUAUUAUAUGUGAUUUAGAAAAUCCAGUUCAAAUUGUAUCAAAAUUUCGUGCAAAGAUCAUCACUUUUGAUUUAUCUAGACCACUAAUUAUAGGAACUCCUCUUAUUAUUUAUAGAGGACGAUUAAAUGUAGAUGGAAAUAUCAAAAAGCUUAUUUCAAUUAUUGACAAAUCAACGGGUCAAGUUAAGAAAAAAGAUCCCAAAUUUAUUGGUAGUUUUGAUGCAGCCAUUGUUGAAAUCGAAUUUUGCAAACAAGCAGAAGCAAUGGAAUCUUUUAAACAUUGCAAAGAAUUGGGUCGGUUUAUUGCGCGAUCACAAGGUGAAACGGUAGCAGCAGGUAUCAUUGAAGAUGAAUAA